AUGCUGACGCCUUUAGGCCUUCCUCUUGGAAGACUCCUUGUGUGCGAGCAAGCAACAGGCGCACCAGGAUCAACAGGAUCAGGAGCUGCAGCAGCUGCUCUUUGGCGCACUCGCCAUGCGCAUUCGAAAUCAGACAGCAGCGGGUUUGCAGCCCCUGGAUGUGUCAGAGGUGCGGCGUCUGUUAGAGGGCUCUCUGCCCUCGGAAUAGCAGCCACAGCAGGAGCAGCAGCAUCUUGUGUCUUUUUGGCUCGCCGCCGCGUUGAGGAGCGGCUGCUCUCGCUAGUGCUGCCUCACGUCGAGCGAUUUGCUGGAGAGGACCCUGCAGCAGCAGCAGCAGCAGCACGGGGAGCAGCAGCAUCGGCUUCCCGCGGAGAAGAACGUCUGCCACACGAGUGGCUGUCUCAGUGCGAGCAACUCCCCAGCCUGCUGGCCUACGCCUCUCAAGUGGCCGUGUUUGCUGCUGCGUCGGUUGCUGCAGUUCCCAGUCCGUUGCUGCCGCAGGAAGUUGCAACUCUCUGGAAGCAGCACCACCAGUUUCAACUGCUAGAGCGCCGAGCAGACACAGAUGUAGCCACCGAACUACCACGAGCAGCCGUGCGCAGAAAAGGGCCUGGGCAUGGGCUUUCUACAACAGAGCUCCAGCAGCGUAUCGGAACGGUGCUGCAGCAACCGCUGCUGCAGGUAGUGCACCAGUGCAGCCGGCUUUCUCUCGCAAUCUGCGCGUGGGGUCAUUUCGAAAGUUUGGCCUUGCAACAGCUGCUACAACUCGCCGCCGUCGCUGUGCAUGCCCUGCUCCCCAUUGCAAGUCUCUGGCUACAGAUGCAGCAGCAGGCGCUGCGGCAAGCCGCAGCGAGCGGAGGCACUCAUCCCCCCAUGCUGGUGCAGCAGCAGCAGCAGCUUUCGCGAGCUCGUGCUGCAAUCGAGGAAGCCACUGGCGACUUGGGCCUUGUAGUCUCUCUGCUAGAGGCCUUCUGCCCCCAAACCCUUCACGGGCUGCUGAGGGAGUCAGACAUGCAGCAGCUGCUUGUGGACUGUGACGCGCUGCUGGAUGCAGCAGCGGCAGCUCGUCAGCACAGUGGGGUGCUGCCUCAGGCUGCUCGUGCUGCAGCGCAUCCACAGGGCGGCCUUGAUGAUGCAUGCUCUUUCGUCGAAGAAACUAAAGCCGCAGACGUGAGAGAAGCGCCUCCAGAGGAUGAUGCUCUGGAUACAACACGGGGAGCAGAAACGGCAUCAGCAGCUCAUUUUUUGUCAGCAGCAAGCGCACCAGAAGCGCAGGCGGCCGCAGAGUCAGAGACAGCAGAUGCAGAAACAACCCAAGAUGACGCAAUGUCGUCAGAGGAAGCAACCGCAAGAGCGAGCAACAGCCGAUCCGGCGAUUGGAAUUCCCUAGAGGCAGAAGUUGUGACAGCCCUGCGUGUGCUGCUGCCAGAGGCCGAAGGCCCCCCUGCCAAGACAUCUGAAGGCGAAUCGCAGCGACAGGCACAGCAGAGACCUUUGUUACUGGCAUUUAUUGCUCCCGCGGACACCCAGGGCCGUCGUCAAGGAAUUCUACUGCCGAAGAAGUUGUUGCAGCUCUUGGUUCUGCGGCGGCUGGGCUGGGAGGUGCGUCUUGUAAACCUCUCUGACUGUCGAGGUAAGGGCCCCCUAGAAUUGCAGCAGCUCCUCGCUGAUAUUUUGCACGCUGGAGAGAAUUCCUCAUGUCUGUGGGAUCUUCAUCAUAAGGUCCAGGGCGGAGGCACCAUAGAGUCUGGUGGUCUCCCACACUCUCCGUCCAAGAUGUAG